GAAAAAUCGGUUUUUUCGAAUUAUUUUCAAAUGCUUCGCUACGCGAUUGUGUUUUAUUAAUAUUGGCAGUAUUAGCAGCUUUGCUACGGUCCUUAGUAUUCCCAAUAGUGAUAUUGGUCUACGGUGAAUUAAUUGCGAUGUUCAUUGAUCGCAGUCUGGGAACUUCAUCAGUAACAUACUUUCUACCUAUCUUUGAUGGCGGUAAGAUUUUAAUCAAUGGUACCUAUGAAGAAAAUAUGCAGGAACUACGCAACGAUGCUAAGGCCUUUGGCAUGCUCUGUGGUUUGAAUACGGUACUAAUGUUGCUGUCCGGCAUUAUUUACGUUGACCUUUUCAAUCAUGUGGCCUUGAAUAUUAUAACACGCUUGCGUUCCAAAUAUUUUGAGGCUACGUUGCGUCAAGAUAUAAGUUGGCACGAUAUGGCAGAAAAUCAAAAUUUUGCUUUAACAAUUACUGAUAAUAUGGAAAAAAUUCGUAACGGUAUCUCGGAGACAAUGGGCCAUUUUAUACAAUUAUUAUUCGAUAUCAUUAUUAGCAUCGCCAUAUCCUUCGUCUAUGGUUGGCGUUUAACUUUAACGAUUUGCAUUUACAUACCGAUUACGAUGAUAGUGAAUUAUGUAACAUCCAAUUAUCAAAGCAAGUUAACAGCAAGUGAGCAAAAUGCUUACGCGAAGGCUGGAUCAGUGGUUGAAGAAGUCUUAGCUUCGAUACGUACAGUGGUGGCCUUCGGCGGGGAAAAAAUUGAAGAGAAGCGGUAUAACAAUUUCCUAGAACCAGCCCGUAGAGCGGGGAAAUUGAAGGGCAUGUUUUCUGGCCUAAAUGACUCAAUAUUGAAAGGAAUGUUGUUUAUAAGUAGUGCAGCAGCUUUCUGGUAUGGCGCCCAUCUCAUAUUGGAUGACCGGUAUAAAGCUCCGGUCGAUCAAGAAUAUACCCCUGCUGUUCUAUUAAUAGUUAUUUGUGGUAUAAUUGUGUCAGCAGAUCAUAUAUCGCAUACUGCUCCUUUCCUGGAAGCUUUUGCCGUGGCCCGUGGUUCGGCCGUUGCUGUCUUUCAGGUUAUAGAAGCACAGUCAAAAAUUGAUCCUUUAGCUAUGCACGGGAAAGUUUUAAACUACGGCUUUAAAGGAGAUAUUGAAUUUGAAGACGUAUUCUUUUGUUACCCAUCACGUCCUGAAUCAAUCGUGUUGCGUGGUUUUAAUCUCAAAAUCAAAAGAGGAGAAACGGUCGCUUUAGUCGGCUAUUCCGGUUCGGGGAAAUCAACAUGCAUACAAUUGCUGCAACGGUUCUAUGAUCCAAUAUUCGGUAAACUUUACCUGGAUAAUCAAGAUAUGCGAAAAUACAAUGUCCACUGGCUAAGAUCAAAUAUAGCGAUGGUAGGUCAAGAACCGAUAUUAUUUUUUGGUUCAAUAGAGGAAAACAUACGUCACGGCAAGAUGAAUGCCACACAAAAAGAAAUCGAAGAGGCGGCUAAUGCGGCUGAAGCCCAUGAAUUUAUAAUAGAUUUGCCAGAUGGCUAUAAUACAUUAAUAAGUGAAAGAGGUGUACAAUUGUCUGGAGGUCAACGACAAAGAAUCGCUAUAGCUCGUGCAUUAAUACAAAAUCCAAAAAUACUGUUGCUUGAUGAAGCCACAUCGGCCUUAGAUUAUCAUACGGAGAAAGUGGUCCAAGCAGCUUUAGAUAAGGCCAGCAAAGGACGUACAACCAUAGUAGUUUCACAUCGUUUAUCUGCUAUACGUUACGCUGAUCGUAUCGUCUUCAUCGACAGAGGCCGUGUGGUGGAGGAUGGCACUCAUGAGAAUCUUAUGCAUCAGAAAGGUAGAUAUUUCGACAUGGUCACCGCUCACGAGUAUGACGGAUUAGACGAUAAUGAAGAAAGUGAUUCAAAUCAAUUAAAGCAGGGAGAUAAAGACUAUGAUCAGGCAACUAAGUAUACCAUGGACGGUCAUAGGUUUUCUGAAGGCUCCCUCAAUAAAAAUACCGAAAAUUCAUUCACAAGGACCUGCCAAGAUUCACGAACUUUGGAUAAUAGUGAGCAAACACACUACAUGAAAACAUUUUUGAGAAUUUUGAAAUGGUCUAAGCCCGAGUGGGGUUUCUUAUUACUGGGUGCUGUCUGUUCGAUGUUGUACGGUUGCACGCAGCCGGUACUUGCGAUAAUACUUGGGGAUCUUUUUGGAUCAUUAUCGGUGGCUGAACCAGACGAAGUAUUGAAGAGAUCCUCACGUACGGCUCUAAUUAGUGUAAUCGUAGGUAUAACGGCAUGCAUUACUUGUCUUACUCAAACAUACUUUUUCAACUUGGCUGGAGUGUGGUUAACAAGUCGCAUAAGAUCUAUAACUUUUCAAAAAGUGCUUAAUCAGGACGUGGGUUGGUUCGAUCUCAAGGAAAAUAGUGUCGGCGCCAUGUCAGCGCGUCUAGCAGGCGAUGCUUGUGCUGUUCAAGGAGCGAUUGGUUUCCCUUUAAGUAACAUUAUUCAGGCCAUAGCCAACUUUAUAUGCAGUUUUACAAUAGGUUUCUAUUAUUCCUGGGAAUUGGCUCUGAUAUGUUUAACGACAUCACCUUUUAUGGUGGCCGCCAUAUUGUUUGAAGCAAAAUUCACCAGUCAAUGUGCAUUAAAAGAGAAAAAUAUUUUGGAAGAAACUAGUCGUGUCGCUACCGAAGCCGUAGCCCAAAUAUGUACGGUGGCCGCGUUAAGACGAGAACGCGACCUAAUCGAAACCUAUCACAAACAACUGGAAAAAUAUCGUCUACAGAUAAAACAACGGUUAAGAUAUCGUGGAGUGGUUAAUUCACUCGGUAUGUCUAUAAUGUUUUUGGGUUACGCCAUAACCCUAACUUAUGGCGGCUAUAUGUGCGCUGAUGGACUAAUUAAAUUCGAAAGUAUUAUCAAGAUUUCCAAUUCUUUAUUAUACGGUCUAUUCAUAUUGGCACAGUCGCUCGCUUUCACGCCUGCCUUUAAUGCUGCUAUUAUCUCGGCCAAUCGUUUGUAUAACAUAAUCGACCGUGAGCCGGAAAUAAGGUCGCCGGAACCCAAAGUUUCCUUGCACUUUAUCGAUGAUCAACUUUCAAAAGUCAAUGUUAAACGAGAAGGGGUUAAUUUCCAAAAUAUUUACUUCUCAUAUUCGACUCGGAGGUGCCAUCAAGUUUUAAAGAAUUUUAAUUUGGAUAUAAUGCAGGGAAAAACGGUGGCAUUGGUAGGACCAUCAGGUUCAGGUAAAUCUACAUGCCUGCAAUUAUUGCUACGAUAUUACGAUCCGAACUCGGGAGAAAUACAUAUAGAUCAGGAAAAUAUUCAUCAAGAUAUUUCUUUGAAUAAUUUGAGAAGUCGACUAGGUGUAGUUUCUCAGGAGCCAUCUCUUUUUGAGAAAACCAUAGCCGAUAAUAUCGCUUAUGGUGAUACGUCGCGUACUGUGCCCAUGACGGAAAUUGUGGCCGCAGCUAAAUUAGCUAAUGCCCACGAUUUCAUUACUACUUUGCCAAUGGGUUAUGAAACUUGUUUGGGAAGCAGAGGGACCCAAUUAUCGGGCGGACAAAAACAACGUAUUGCCAUAGCUAGAGCGUUAAUAAGAAAUCCUAAAAUACUACUAUUGGACGAAGCUACUUCAGCUUUAGAUUUGCAAAGUGAACGUGUAGUCCAACAAGCCUUGGGUGAAGCUUGUUCAGGACGCACUAGUAUCAUUAUAGCUCAUCGUUUGGCCACCGUGCAAAAUGCCAAUUUAAUUUGCGUUUUACGCAAUGGAAAUAUUGUAGAGCACGGUAAUCAUCUUCAGCUAUUAGCUCAGAAUGGUGUCUACGCGAAACUGUAUCGUAGUCAACCAAAUAUGGGUUAUAUGUAAUACAAAAUUCGAAAAUUCGAAAUAAUUGUCAAAUUAUCAGUCAGAAUUAUAUAGCUGAGUAAUACGAUUCGUUACGUUACCUGAUCAAGCAUUAUAUAUUAAUAAAAAAAAAUCCAUU